UAACCCACGGCUCUUCCUCCUCCGUCCACCACCACCACCAACCACCGCCGGCCACCAGAAAAAUUUGCCCUAAAUACUCCCAAAAGACCCCUGUAAAUAAUCCCUCCAAGAGUCAACUGUAAAUUUUUUUAUAGCAAGUAGAUAAAAGUGUGCAGAGAUGGCGGCGUUGUUGGAAGAAUUGGUGAAGACAUUGGAGGCUUUGGAGCUAUGGAUGAAGCUGAUUAAGAAAACUCCGCAGGACUACGUGGACCCCACACUUGACCCGGUUCUUUUGGUACCCGGGAUUGCUGGUUCUAUCCUCAACGCGGUCGAUGAGAAAACCGGAAAUGAAGAACGGAUCUGGGUUCGGAUUCUCGGGGCGGACCAUGAGUUCCGGACCAAGCUUUGGUCCCUUUUUGAUCCUUCCACUGGUGAAACUAUAUCAAUAGACAGAGACUCGAGGAUUGAGGUACCGGAGGACAGAUUCGGCUUGUAUGCAAUAGAUGUAUUAGAUCCUGAUAUGAUUAUUGGGCGUGAAAGUGUCUACUAUUUCCAUGACAUGAUAGUUGAAAUGCUCAAGUGGGGUUACCAGGAAGGAAAAACACUCUUUGGCUUUGGAUAUGAUUUCCGCCAGAGCAACAGGUUUCAGGGCACACUGGAGCGGUUUGCUGCAAAACUGGAGUCUGUAUAUACAGCAUCUGGAGGGAAAAAGAUAAACAUUAUAAGCCAUUCUAUGGGGGGACUUCUUGUGAAGUGUUUUCUGUCUUUGCACAGCGAUAUCUUUGAGAAGUAUGUGAAGAGUUGGAUAGCUAUAGCUGCACCAUUUAGGGGUGCCCCUGGAUAUAUUACCUCUACACUGUUGAAUGGAAUGUCUUUUGUGGAAGGAUGGCAGCAGAAUUUUUUUAUUUCAAAAUGGAGCAUGCACCAGUUGCUGAUUGAAUGUCCAUCCAUCUAUGAAUUGAUGCCAUGUCCAGAUUUUCAUUGGGAAAACCCUCCACUUUUAGAAGUUUGGAGGGAGAAAACCAGUGUUAAUGGAAACUCCACUGUGAUGUUGGAGUCCUUUCCGCCAGUAGAAGCUGUACCGAUUUUUACAGAAGCUCUAGCAUGCAAUAUGGCUAGUUGUGGUGACUUGAAAAUUCCUUUACCAUUCAAUAUGGAGAUUCUAAGAUGGUCUAAUGAAACCCGAAAAGUAUUGAGUUCUGCUAAAGUUCCCCAGACAGUUAAAUUCUACAACAUUUAUGGGACCAAUAUUGAGACCCCUCACACUGUUUGUUAUGGAAGCGAGGAUGCACCUGUGUCUGAUCUGAGGCAGUUACCAAAAGACCUGGCAAAUUUUGUGAAUGUAGAUGGAGAUGGGACUGUUCCAGUGGAAUCGGCAAAGGCGGAUGGUCUCAAUGCGGAGGCAAGAGUUGGAGUCCCUGGUGAGCACAGAGAAAUCCUGUGUGAUCGCCAUGUUUUUAGAAUUGUCAAGCACUGGCUGAGGGCAGAUAAUGACCCUUUCUACAAUCCAAUAAACGAUUAUGUUAUACUUCCGACUGCAUUUGAGAUUGAAAGAUUUCAAGAAAAAGGCUUAGAAGUAACUUCGCUCAAGGAGGAAUGGGAAAUGAUUGAAGAUGACUCAGAUGAGCAGGAUGAAAUGGCCCAUCAAGAAAAGCCUUUGGUUGCUUCGGUAUCUGUCUCCCAUGUUGGAGGUCACGAGGGAUCGAGGGAGGAGGCUUGUGGCACCAUUGUUGUUCACCCUCAACAUAACGGUAAGAAGCACGUGGAACUCAAUGCCAUGUCUCUCUCAGCAAAUGCUUAGAGAGCUGCUGCUUCGGUGUAAAUACAUGUUAUAAUAUUACUAGUGAAAAGGAUUUCUUUUAUGCUAGUCUGUUUCUGGCUUGCUACAAGCAGAGCUCUGGCAGAAUGAUGUAAUCAGAGAACUAGUAUGAUGUUUAAUAAUAUAUAUCUGAUGUCUCUUAUCACACAAGCAGAGCUCUGGCAGAACCGAUGUAAUCAUAGAACCAGUGUGUGUAAUAAUAUGUAUAUUGUCUCUCAUCAUCUCCAUUGGCUGUAAAUAACAACUCUAUCCCUUUAGAGAGAAAUUUCUGUACAUAUAAAGAUCUUUGAAUAUGAAUGAAUCAGUUGCCUUGCUUGUUCGAGGCUUGUGCCA